AUGUCAUCGACCAAUCUAUUUAAAACCACUGUGAUCCAACACUUGGAAGAACUACCUCAAACCAUCCAAACCAAACUAUAUGAAGCCCCAGCUACAUGUUUAUCGAUAUUCAGAUUACUUCCGGCAGUAGCCAAGUUCUUUAUCACAUCUAUGGUAUUCUACGAAAGACCAGUGUCGUUAUCUCAAUUGGAUAAAUGGUGUAAACCGCAUGCUAGAAACCGACAGAUUGAACUGUUACAACGACUUAAGGCUCUUCAUCUAAUACUCGACGUAAAUAACGGUUCCCAUAUAACUCUUAAUCCUACGUUCCGGAAAAACUUUAGAGAUUGUUUGACUGGGGUCCAAUCAGUGAAUGCCUUUGGGAAUAUAUGUACUACUCCGGAUAAACAUCAUGUGGAUGUGUCUUUCCUAGAUAAAUUUGCAUCUCAGAAAUGGGAAACUAUAUUGCAUUUCAUGGUGGGCACUGAAUUGGUGGCAGCUCCUUCAAGUUCUGUGCUUUCGUUAUUGAAACUGGGGGGGUUAAUGGAAGGGCCAGGGAAUAGUCCUAAGAACUUAGCCAUCACCAAUAAAGGGUUUCAGUUUUUAUUACAAGAUAGUAAUACUCAAAUAUGGACUUUAUUGUUACAAUAUCUUAACCUUACUAAAGACUUGAAUAUGGAUCCAGUGGAUGUGCUUAAUUUCAUCUUCAUAUUGGGGUCCUUGGAAUUGGGUAAAAGUUAUACUGUGUCUCAUCUAAGUGCCACUCAAGUUUCAUUGUUGGCAGACUUGAAAGACUAUGGAUUGGUGUAUCAACGUACAGAUAGUUCUAGUCGAUUCUAUCCUACUCGAUUAGCCACUACAUUGACAUCAGAAUCAUCUGCCCUUAAGUCUGCUUCUACCUCCAUGGACCAAGUCAUUGAAUCUGCGUCAACAGAUAAUGACUUGUCUUCGGGACAAGGAGGAGUGGCUUCAAGUACUCAUGGAUCCAUCAUCAUAGAAACCAACUUCAAGGUUUAUGCCUACACCAAUUCACCCUUGGAAAUAGCGGUGCUAAAUCUAUUUGUCCAUUUGAAAACAAGAUUUGCUAAUAUGGUUUGUGGACAAUUAACUCGAGAAUCUGUUCGUAGUGCUCUUCAAAAUGGCAUAACUGCAGAACAAUUGAUCAAGUUCCUCGAGACUCAUGCUCAUCCUCAGAUGAGAGUGUUGGCCAAAGAAAAGUUGGACAAAAAGAUUGAAUUCGAUACCAAUAACAACAUCAAUACUGCGGGGGGAGCCCCUGGGACCAAAUCAGAUUCAAAUAUCACACAACAUAAAUUAGAAAUCUUACCACCCACAGUAGUGGAUCAAAUCAAGUUAUGGCAAUUGGAAUUGGAUAGAAUCCAAACUUUUGAAGGGUACUUGUUUAAGGAUUUUGUUAGUCAACAAGAAUUCGAAGUACUAAACAAAUAUGCCAUGGAUAUUGGGGUUUUACUUUGGUCAGAUAAAAUAAAGAAACGGUUUUUUGUAACAAAGAAGGGUAUUGAUCAAGUGGCUGAUUAUGCCAAUAGAAAAAUACCCAGCAGAUAA